GUCUCCCGUUACUGCAGCUGGCUUCUGUGCGCGAGCGCGCCAUGCAGCGGUUCACCCUUACAAUCGCUUUUCCUUAAUUCCUCUAAACCAGUCCGGCGGACGGAUAAAAACUAAAACAGCGCGAUUGCAAAAAGGUCUCCUUCUCUCGCUCCCUGUGCUGCGUUGCGGAGGGAUCUCUCAGCUUCCCCCUUUAGAAAACGGAAAAGAGGAGGGGUGUGUGCGCGCGCGCGAUGCGGAUCUCUUGAAGCUCCGUGGCCGUUACUUUAGGAGAGGGAGAAAAGGCGAGGAGAUUGUGGGUGUACACCCGCGAAGGGAGACUUAGUCCCCUUACAGGGGGAGGUGUGGCUGUUGGCACCAAAAGAAGGGGGAAGAGGAACUAGAAAGAAGGGCAUGUGGGGGAAAAAAGCUGACUGGGUGAGGGGCUGAAGUGGCGGUGAGUCACCUAGGGAAGGGAGAAUGAAGGACGAGGUUUGAGAACUAGGCAACGGGGUGGGGAUGGUACUAGCAGUAGUUGAGCUACCUUAAAAGAGAGAGAGAGAAGUGGGAAAGGGCACCUCUAUUUAGGUGCUGUUCGUGAGAGCGGCAGAGAGCGCCCCGGUUUCCUGGGAAGGUAGGGGAGGUUGCCAGGGCUCUUUCCUGUCUGCAAGAAAAAUCAGGGCUAGCUCAGAGAAAGGAAGAGUGAUUUUUCUCUGGGCUGGGCUUGGCUGAACGGUUGUGCAUGUGAGGGAGGGAGACUUGUUGGGGGCUGGUAAGGGAGAAUGACGUUUCUCCCUUCCCUUUCGUUUGCACGCGCUUGCUGGAUCAGGGGGUAAUUAGCUUAAGAGAGUUUCACUGGCGUUUCUUCCCCUGGAGCACGGUUGCUUGCUUGCUGGUGCUGCAGCCCGAGGCGGAGGGGGGUGCCUGCGUGCGCGGCUGAUGUAGGCUCUUGGUAGGGUCGCUCCUUUCUUUCUCCUCUUCCUUCCUCUUCAGCGCGGAGAGAGGAGGAAGAAAGAGUCUUUCGGAGACGUCGGUGGAAAUUAAAACAAUAAUGAUUGCCGACCGCUUCUUUUAUCGUUCCCUUUCUGGAUGAGGAGCAGAAAGCCCCUUUGGCCAAUGUUCUGACUACUUUUUAAUUUUUUUUGGAGAACUGCCUUGGAUAUAUAUAUUUUUUUCUUGAAAUCGUGGAGUGGAGUAUUUCGGGGAAUUACUACAACGAAAGGAACAGAAACUCUCCGUUUUGUAUCUUUUAAAACCCGAUUUUUUGGGGUGGGUGGGAGAAAUACCUCUUAAUUAUAAAGCAUGGAGAACGAAAUAUUCACGCCUCUGUUGGAGCUCUUCAUGUCUAGUCCUCUUGUUACCUGGGUUAAGACGUUUGGACCCUUAGCUGGAGGAAAUGGAACCAACUUGGAGGAGUAUGUUGCACUUGUGGAUGGAAUUUUCUUGAAUGAAGUCAUGCUGCAAAUCAACCCCAAAGCUACCAGUCAGAGAGUAAAUAAGAAAGUCAACAAUGACGCAUCACUGAGAAUUCAGAAUUUGUCUAUUUUGGUGAGGCAGAUUAAAUCGUACUAUCAGGAGACUUUGCAGCAGUUGAUUAUGAUGCCUUUGCCAAAUGUCUUAAUAAUUGGCAAAAACCCUUUUUCGGAACAAGGUACUGAAGAAGUAAAAAAGCUACUCCUACUUCUGCUUGGCUGUGCAGUUCAGUGUCAGAAGAAAGAAGAGUUCAUUGAAAGGAUCCAGAGUUUAGACUUUGAUAUGAGAGCAGCUGUUGCUGCCCACAUACAAGAGGUGACACAUAAUCAGGAAAAUGUUUUUGAUCUACAGUGGAUGGAAGAUGGUGCUCUGUCACAAGAGUAUAUUGAGCCCCUCCUUAAAAAUAUGGCAUUGCAUUUAAAAAAACUUAUAGAUGAACGAGAUGAGCAUUCUGAGACUAUCAUAGAGCUCUCUGAAGAAAGAGACUCUCUCCAUUUUCUACCUCAUGCAUCAGCAGCACAAUCACCUUGUGGAUCUCCAGGCAUGAAACGUACUGAAAGCAGACAGCAUUUAUCAGUGGAGCUCGCAGAUGCCAAAGCAAAGAUCAGAAGACUUAGACAAGAGCUUGAGGAAAAGACUGAACAGUUGCUGGAUUGUAAACAAGAACUGGAACAGAUUGAAGUUGAAUUAAAGAGACUACAGCAAGAGAAUAUGAAUUUGCUUUCGGAUGCACGUUCUGCCAGGGUGUACCGAGAUGAGCUAGAUGCUCUUAGAGAGAAGGCAAUCCGUGUUGAUAAGCUUGAAAGUGAAGUCAGCAGAUACAAAGAGAGGCUACAUGAUAUUGAAUUCUACAAGGCUAGAGUAGAGGAACUCAAAGAAGAUAAUCAAGUAUUGUUGGAAACAAAGACAAUGUUGGAAGAUCAGUUGGAGGGGACCCGGGCUCGUUCAGAUAAAUUGCAUGAACUGGAGAAGGAGAAUUUACAGUUAAAAGCUAAAUUACAUGAUAUGGAGAUGGAACGUGAUAUGGAUCGGAAGAAAAUUGAGGAACUUAUGGAGGAAAACAUGACUCUAGAAAUGGCUCAGAAGCAAAGUAUGGAUGAGUCACUUCAUCUUGGAUGGGAACUUGAACAAAUAAACAGAUCCAGUGAACUAUCUGAAGCGCCACGAAAAUCACUUGGUCAUGAAGUGAAUGAACUGGCAUCGAGUAAGUUACUGAAACUGGAAAUGGAAAACCAAAGUUUGCUAAAGACUGUGGAAGAGCUACAAAGUACAGUGGGAUCUGUAGAAGGCAGUAAUUCAAAACUUCUGAAAAUGGAAAAGGAAAACCAGAUACUAAGUAAAAAGCUGGAACGAUUUGAGAAUGAACUUAGUGAAGAAAAGCAAAGUCUUCAGAACAGUCAGAAUCUAAGCAAAGAUCUGAUGAAAGAGAAAGCGCAGCUUGAAAAGACAAUUGAAACUCUGCGAGAAAACUCAGAGAGACAGAUUAAAAUGCUGGAACAGGAGAAUGAGCAUUUGAAUCAAACAGUGGCUUCCCUCAGACAGCGUUCGCAAAUCAGCGCUGAAGCAAGAGUCAAAGAUAUUGAAAAGGAAAAUAAAAUUCUCCAUGAAUCUAUCAAAGAGACAAGCAGUAAAUUAAAUAAGUUAGAAUUUGAAAAGAAGCAAAUUAAAAAAGAACUGGAACACUAUAAAGAGAAGGGAGAAAGGGCAGAUGAACUAGAGAAAGAAGUUCAACAUCUUGAAAAAGAAAAUGAAUUGUUGCAGAAAAAGGUUACUAACUUAAAGAUCACUUGUGAAAAAAUAGAUACUUUAGAACAAGAAAACUCCAUUUUAGAUAUGGAAAAUAGAAAGCUGAAAAAGACUUUAGAUAGCCUGAAAAAUCUCAGCUUUCAGCUAGAGUCCUUAGAGAAGGAGAAUACACAACUUGAUGAAGAGAAUUUAGAACUCAGAAGAACAGUUGAAUCUUUGAAAAGUAUAAACAUCAAGAUGGCUCAGUUACAGUUAGAAAACAAAGAAUUGGAAAGUGAGAAACAGCAGCUUCAGAAGAGUCUGGAGCUUAUGAAAACAUCUUGUAAGAAGACUGAACGUUUAGAAGUCAGUUACCAAGGUUUGGAUACAGAAAACCAAAGGCUGCAGAAAGCCCUCGAAAACAGUAACAAAAAGAUCCACCAUUUAGAAAGUGAACUACAAGAACUAGAGACAGAAAAUCAAGCCCUACAAAAAAAUUUAGAAGAAUUGAAAAUUUCUAGUAAACGUUUGGAACAGUUGGAGAAAGAAAAUAAACUUUUGGAGCAAGAAACAGCUCAGUUGGAGAAAGAUAAAAAGCAACUGGAGAAAGAGAACAAGAGACUGCGACAACAAGGAGAUAUUAAAGACAGCACUUUAGAAGACAACAAUGCAAAAAUCUGUAACCUGGAAAAAGAGAACAAGUCACUCAUUAAGGAAAUUGGUGCAUGUAAAGAAGCUUCCAUUCGGCUAAAAGAACUUGAAAAAGAGAAUAAAGAACUUGUAAAGAGAGCCACCAUUGACAAGAAAACACUUGUCACGUUGCGAGAGGAUUUGGUGAAUGAAAAGCUGAAGACUCAGCAGAUGAAUAAUGAUUUAGAGAAACUUACACACGAACUUGAAAAGAUUGGCUUGAAUAAGGAGCGCCUCUUGCAUGAUGAGCAGAGUAGUGAUGACAGUAAAUACAAACUGUUGGAGUCAAGGUUAGAAUCCACAUUGAAGAAAUCACUUGAAAUAAAAGAAGAAAAAAUUGCUGCUUUGGAAGCUCGGCUAGAAGAAUCAACAAAUUUAAACCAACAGCUGCGCCAGGAACUUAAAACAGUUAAAAAGAAUUAUGAAGCACUCAAACAAAGACAAGAGGAGGAGAAAAUGGUACAGAACUGUUCUCCACGAACUGGAGAAGACAGUCAGUCUAUUAAUAAAUGGGAGAGAGAAAGUCAAGAAACCACAAGAGAACUUUUGAAGGUUAAAGAUAGAUUAAUUGAAGUUGAAAGAAAUAAUGCAACACUGCAGGCAGAGAAGCAAGCUCUGAAAACACAACUAAAGCAACUUGAGACACAGAACAAUAAUCUGCAAGCUCAGAUUUUGGCUCUUCAGAGGCAGACAGUUUCCUUACAGGAACAAAAUACAACUCUACAGACUCAGAAUGCCAAGCUUCAGGUAGAAAAUUCCACUGUUAAUUCACAAAGUACAUCUCUUAUGAAUCAAAAUGCACAGCUGCUUAUUCAGCAGUCUGCCUUAGAAAAUGAAAAUGAAUCUAUAAUCAAAGAACGUGAAGAUUUGAGAUCACUGUAUGAUUCACUAGUCAAAGAUCAUGAAAAACUAGAACAGCUUCAUGAACGGCAAGCUGCAGAAUAUGAAUCUUUAAUUUCCAAACAUGGAAACCUUAAGUCAGUACAUAAAAAUCUUGAAAUGGAACAUAAGGACUUAGAAGACAGAUAUAAUCAGCUGCUGAAGCAAAAAGUGCAAUUAGAAGAACUGGAGAAAGUUCUCAAAACAGAACAAGAGAAGAUGGUACAACAGAACAAAAGGCAUGAAACUGUAGCUGCAGAAUAUAAAAAACUUUGUGAGGAAAAUGACAGGCUAAAUCAUACAUACACGCAGCUUUUGAGAGAGAAUGAUGUUCUCCAAAUGGAUCAUAAAAAUUUGAAAACACUUCUGAACAAUUCUAAACUGGAACAAACAAGAUUAGAAGCGGAAUUUUCCAAGCUCAGAGAACAGUACCAACAACUCGACAUUAAGCAUACAAAACUGAAUAAUCAGUGUGAGUUGCUUAGCCAGUUAAAAGGAAACUUGGAAGAGGAAAACAGGCAUCUGUUGGAUCAAAUACAAACAUUAAUGCUACAAAAUAGAACAUUAUUGGAGCAGAAUAUGGAAAGUAAAGAUCUUUUCCAUGUUGAACAAAGACAGUAUAUUGAUAAGCUAAAUGAAUUAAGGAGACAAAAAGAGAAAUUGGAAGAAAAGAUUAUGGAUCAAUAUAAGUUUUAUGAACCAUCACCACCAAGGAGGAGGGGUAAUUGGAUUACUCUGAAAAUGAGGAAAUUGAUAAAAUCUAAGAAGGAUGCUAACCGAGAACGUCUCAAGUCUCUUACUCUGACACCUACCCGCUCAGAAUCUAGUGAAGGAUUUCUUCAGCUGCCCCAUCAGGAUAGUCAAGAUAGCUCUUCAGUGGGCUCAAACUCACUGGAAGAUGGUCAGACUUUGGGGACCAAAAAAAGCAGCAUGGUUGCACUGAAAAGACUGCCCUUUUUGAGGAACAGACCGAAGGAAAAAGACAAAAUGAAGGCCUUCUACCGUCGCUCCAUGUCCAUGAAUGACCUGGUGCAGUCCAUGGUCCUAGCAGGAGGACAAUGGACUGGUAGUUCUGAGCAUCUGGAGGGUCCUGAUGAUAUAUCUACGGGUAAAAGGAGAAAAGAAUUGGGAUCUAUGGCCUUCUCUACUACAUCCAUCAACUUUGCAACUGUCAACUCUGCUGCAGGCUUGAGAUCCAAGCAGUUGCUUAAUAAUAAAGAUGCUACAUCUUUUGAAGAUGUAAGUCCACAAGGAGUUAGUGAUGAUUCUAGUACUGGAUCAAGAAUUCAUGCUUCGAGACCAGCCAGCCUUGAUAGUGGCAGAACAUCCACUAGCAAUAGCAAUAAUAAUGCCUCACUCCAUGAAGUCAAAGCAGGUGCAGUUAAUAAUCAAAGCAGGCCACAAAGCCACAGCAGUGGAGAAUUUAGCCUGCUUCAUGAUCACGAAGCAUGGUCCAGCAGCAGCAGUAGUCCUGUCCAGUAUUUGAAAAGCCACGCCAGGUCUAGUCCCAUGCUCCAUCACAAAAUGUCAGAAACACUGGACAGACAAGGAACCUGGAGAAUUAAGACAGAUUCCCCUGGGAGUGAAGUGGUUACUCUGCAACAGUUUUUGGAAGAAAGUAAUAAUACUAUUUCAACUGAGAUCAAAUCCUCAACUCAAGAGAAUCUGCUGGACGAAGUAAUGAAAAUUUUCUCUGAAAAUGCUGAAUUGGCAGGAAGAGAUAAACUAAGGAAACACUCAUCAGUUGGCAGUGGUAUUGCCAGAUCACAGAGUGUGAAAAACACAUCUGAAUUCUCUGAUGGAAAAUUAGUGAAGCAGGAUCAUCUUGUAAGAUCCAGUACACAAAGAACAGAAGAUCCCAACUUCUUGAACUCUUCAAAAACACUUACAGCAGGGACCAGAGGCAAGACCAAGUCUGUUAAGGAAAACAUACAAAUGAGCGUACCACAACGACAAUCAAAAGAUUGUAACCCUUAUGCUACUUUACCUCGUGCAAGCAAUGUAAUUUCUACAGCUGAAGGAACUACUCGGAGAACAAGCAUCCAUGACUUUUUAUCGAAAGACCCUAGACAGCCAAUAUCAAUUGACCCAUCUCCACCUACAAUUGACAGAAGCAUCCCAUCAGCUUCUAGUGAGUACAGUCCUUCACAACAGUCCUCUUGUGUUUUUCAUUAUAAACCUUAUACUACAAUUACCCUGUCAGAAAAUGAUUUAGGUAGUAUAGCUAUGGGAGAUUAUUCUGCUCAUAAAUCAGAAGAGCAGAAUUCAAGGACUGCCAAGACAAAUUUAAAUGCGAAAACACUUUCUUGUAGUAGCAUGUACAGUGAAAAGGUAGGCCCAUCAGUAAGCAGUGUACGGAAAUACUCUGCAUUCUGUUCAUCCAGGCCAUUUUUGUCACUUAAUACUGAAUUAGUCAGCAGUGUAAGUGGAUUGCCUCAAAGGCCUGUAUCAAAAGCAACCAAUAUAACUUCUGAGUCAUCAGUGAAAGCUGCACAGAAGGAUCAUAAGCUACCUUCUGAGAAUCAGAAAUCUGAUUACAGAAACUUAGAAGUGACUCCGAAUAAUAGUGAAUGUACUGUCCUUGCACAUGAAAACACAAGUGAGAGUAAAUCCCCAUUACCACUUUCUGAAGAUACCCAAACUGUUUGGUAUGAAUAUGGUUGUGUAUGAUUAAAUAAAGACUAAAUACCUUUCCCAUACAAUGUGGAUGUUAAAAAUAUGUUUACUGUUUAAAUCACAUUUAAAUCAUUUACUAACUAGGGCUGUACCUAAAUCUACAUGUUUUUCCUCUAAGUGGAGUUGAAUAAAUUCAUUUUUUUUCCUUAGCAUGUGGCAGAAUGUAAAAUUAUAAUUACACCAAAGCUCGCAUGAAACAUUAACUGCAUUGUGUAUUUUCUGCAUGCCUUUAAAAAGUGUUAAUACAAGCUAAUGGUCUGUAUUUUUAUUUUCUAUUUGUUACAAAUAAUUUAUUUUUUGUGCAUUGCUGGAUGCAUGCUAAACCAGUUGCAUGCUGCUGUGCCAGAAACGGCACAAAACACCAGGUAACUUUCAGCAACAGUAAUUUCUUCAGUUUAUUUUCCUUUCAGAUGCACCAGUAUCAUGUGAAUUAUUCAUUUUGACCCCAAUCCAGCAACAAUUACAAGUUAUUAAGGCUGCAAACCUGUGCACUUACCUACCAUAAACCCCACUGAAUUAUGUGGGGUCUGCAUCUGAGUAAACAUGCAUGGUUCUGCAGUUUAAAUCUGAUUUUGAACCUUGUCUUUUUGCUUACUGAUUUGCAGCCCAAUUUUAAUCAUAUUUACUCAAAAGUAAAUAUGAAUUGUUCAGUGGAACUUGCUUAAGUACAGUUAGGAUUGCAGCCUUAGUCAUGACUUACAUUUGUUUGAUCGGGCUUUUAAAUGAAAAUGCCUUUUCCCCCUCCUGUACAUACUACUGAAAAAAUGCAAACAGUGCUCUGCAUCCCUGGAUUUUAAUUCAUGCCAUGUGUAAAUUCCACUCAUGAAAUAAGUUAUACUCUAAAUAAUUAUGUGCUGAUAACUUGCACACUGAAUAUGAACUACUGUUCAUAAUAGUAAAACAUUAAUGUUGGAAAACCUAAA